AUGCCAAUGGGCGUGAACCAAGGCGACCCUCUAGCCCCGUCCAUGUACGUUAUCACAUUACAGGAUGAGUAUCCUGGCUCACCUCUUGUCACCACGAACGACACCAGCACGAUGCCCCAUUUCUCCAGACGACCUACCUCGCCGCCUGGUAGUGCUGCGGGAAUGCUACCACCGCGGUCUCCUCCCAACCUGCUCCACCCGCGCCCCGUUCACUACGCUCCUGGUCCUUUUCCCCUCUUCCCGGACGAUCCGAUCGCACCGCCACGCGCCCGCCCGAUCACACCUCCGGCCCCAUUCAACGUGAGGCCGAUCGCCCCGCUUGCUCCUUUCCCCGCUGGUCCGAUCGCUCCCCUGCCUCCCUCGCACGGCAGUUCCGGCCCGCGGACGAUGACCCGCGCGCCGCCGGGCGGAUGGUUCCCGGUACAGAGCGAUGACCCUUACGCGCCGUAUGGCAACGUUCAGGCCGAACAACUCGUCCUCUGGACAACGGCGGACGACAACUGCGUCCUCAUCCACUUCCCAGGUACCGGUGCGUGCGAUAAGGGUAACUAUGGACGGCUCUGCGUCGCAGCUGCGAUCCUGAAGAACGAGUUCGGCGCUCCGGACGCGACCGUUACACAACCGAUCGCCGCAAACCCACAGCCGCGUCCGAAUGCCGAGCCCCACUACUACCGUGUCGGUAACCUUACGAUUGCUCAACGCGAACGAAUCCUGCGCCAGCAAUGGGCCUCCACCACGUACGGGACGUUUGGCGCGAUCGCAGCACCACACGACCCACCUACUUUCAUCUGGGGCUUCCUUCACCCUGAACGCCUGGGCGUGACCACCGAGGAGGGCCUAGCAGCCGCCUUCGGCGACGGCUUCAAAUCGGCGGUCCUGUCCGGCAUCACCAUCAACCACAUCACGACGGACAUCAACGCUGGAGGCCGGUGGCGCCACCUGACGGCCGACGCCGCUUUCCGCCUCAUCAUCCAAUCUAUCCGCGUCCGCAUGAUCACAAUACGGGAAGGCCGCAACGAUGACAAGGAACUCGUCGCUCUCCUCUACAUUGAAUCGCCAACCGCCGACGCAGCGGAAUGGGUGAACUUCCGCGACAGCCCUGCUCUUUGCCGUCAACUCCCGGCUGGCACGGCCCUACCUUGGAAGAAGUCCGCGAUGCCCUUGCCAACAACCGCCGCGGUCAGAACAAUGACCAGAGAGGUCGAGGCGGUCGUGGCGGACGCGGCGGACGCACUCGCGGCGGCAACAGCCGUGGACGUUUCAACGAUGCUAGAGCAGGCCAGCAUCUUGAGGACCGGAUGGAGGAACCCGGUGACGGGGCUGCUCCUGACACCUCACUCUUCACGCCUCGUCGAGAUGAAAGGACAGGAGCCCGAGCUCAGAGGGUAA